AAAUAAUGAUCAAAUGUGCAAUUUACGUAUAAAACAGUACAAACUACAAAUAACAAUGGGAAGAGUAUGUUUAGUUAUGUAAAUGUAAACAGAACAUGGGGAAUGCUAAUAGGCUUAAAACUAUAACAGUGCAUGUGUGGAAAAAAAACAAAAAAAUGUCACAAAAAAAGAAGAAUCCAAAAAUAACAAAAUUAAACUUUAAAAAUAAAGGUUAACCACCAUUUUUUUUUAGAAUUUUAAAGGAAAAAUAAAAAGUUAAGGUUGAUGAGGGAAAAAAAAAAAGUCAAGAAAAAACAAUAUUUAAAACUGGGCACGAAACUCUCCACGGGAAUACCACAAUGGCGCCAUCUAGUGUCGAGACGCUUCAGCACACGGGAAGCGGAAUCUUUAAAACGGGAAGUCGUACAGCGAGUAAACCUGCACUCGAGUGUUGACGAGACUAUUUUAGAAAUGAAGUUGGCCACAAUUAUAUGGGAGUAAAUUAGUGCCACCGGGUUUUGAAUAUUUUCAACAGUUGCUAUAAUUCACUGUCUAAAAUUCACCGUCAGUGCCACCGGGCAGGGUUACGUCCGGUCAGAACCAAACAACAAUCGCAGUUACGCUUUCUUCGUCACGUGAAAAUAUAACUAAAAUUGUGAAACUGUACAAAAAGCAACUGUAAUUUAAUUCCACAUUUUCUACCAGGAAUGUAAUAGAAUACAACUACAAAUAAUAAAUCAUAAUUAAAAAAAAAAAAAAAACUCCAAGUCACACACAAAACCAAAGACAAGUUUACGUUGUGAAGUCACUCCUGAAUAUCGAUGUAAAAUUUAGGGGUCAAGAGCAAAGUUAUGAUUUGAUAUAGAGUGCAGUCACUUUUUGGGGUACAUUAAUAAUGUUUUAAUGCCGUGAGUAACAUCGAAACCUGCGCGGAUUCAGUCACAUUUGAAAUGAGAGAAAAGGGCGGCAUUGUGUUUAGCGACGUCAUAAAGGAGGAGAUUACUGAGUGACCGUCCCCGUUCCUCUCUCAGGUCCGCAGUCUGGUUAUAAGAGCCCCUGUUCGGCGGGCUAAGCCGGUAUCUGCCUACUUCGCGGCCAAGGAAGGAACAAAAUGUCAGGACGAGGAAAGGGAGGCAAAGGUCUGGGGAAAGGAGGCGCCAAGCGCCACCGCAAAGUCCUCCGGGACAACAUCCAGGGCAUCACCAAGCCCGCCAUCCGCCGCCUGGCUCGCCGCGGCGGGGUCAAGCGCAUCUCGGGGCUCAUCUACGAGGAGACCCGCGGCGUGCUGAAGGUCUUCCUGGAGAACGUCAUCCGCGACGCCGUCACCUACACCGAGCACGCCAAGAGGAAGACCGUCACCGCCAUGGACGUGGUCUACGCCCUCAAGCGCCAGGGACGCACCCUGUACGGCUUCGGCGGCUGAGCUCGGAACUGUCUUCGUCAACCGAAUCAAAACCAAAAAGGUCCUUUUGAGGACCGCACAGAUAAUCUACAAGGGCCGUUCUGUAUCCGCCAUGUUAAAAUAAUUUGGAAGGUUAGCUCCGUUCUAGUAGUGUACGCACGAGCCCGCUCUUCUGACGUGUUUUCCGGUGGAAUGCUUAUCGAGAUCCCACGCUGUUGCCAUCUACUGGCCAACAUGAGUACUACUGGUUAAAAAAAAAAAAAAACACAAAUGGACCCGCAUUUAAUUUCUGUCCCGUGCUGCCUCUACUUUUAUUUCGGAAAUUGAAAUUUAAUUCAUAGAGCUAUUUGAUAUACAAAUAUAUCUUAAUAAUUAAGAGUACAUACAUAGUUCUACUCAAAAAGUAAGACUUGUAUAAUUCGCCAUCUCGACUACGUACCAGUUGAGAAACAUUAAAAAUAAUUUUAAUGUAUGAUCAGCUGCAAACUACGUAUUUAUAGGAAGCAAAUUUUCUAGUCUUUUUCAUUGUAGUACACCAACAAUAUUUUCGAUCAUAUUACUGCAAUACUUGAACUGCCAGUUAGUUAAUAUACGUAAUAUACUGCAGUGUGAUAUAGCGGCUUGCCACUAGAUGGCGCGCUAGCAUUUUGGACACCCACUGUGGUCAAAAGCGUGGAGGAAAACAAGAUGGGAGUGAAAUAAAAUUGUCUAAUGAAGAGAAGAAAUGCAAUCUGCUUCCUCGGAAACAUGCACAAUAAAAUCCGGUGACAUUUAUUUGAUUUGUACUGUUAAUAAAGGGUUUCGACAAUGAU